CAACCAAUAACAACAACAAACAAACAAUGACACGUCAUUGAAAAGUUUAGAAAACUUUGCAGUUUUCGAUAAAGUAGAGAAAGAUAAAAAAUAGUGAAUCAUGAAGUCGGUAGUAAACACGAUACUGUUCGAUGUAUCCAAAAAUGAAAUGUUCAAAAUAAAUGAAACGUACAAAGUAUUGCACAGAAAACUCAAGUCUACAUGGAAGGUUAUGAUCAACCGCGACCCGAUAUCCGAAGCCGUCCUAGCCGAUGUGAAAAUCCUUGUCAUAGCGGGUCCCCAGGGGGUGUACUCCGACGAGGAGCUGGCCAGCAUGAGGGCGCUGCUGCAGCGCGGGGGCGGCGUGCUGGCGGCCAUGUCUGACGGCGGCGAGGAGGCCAUCAACACCAAUAUAAACUUCCUGCUGGAGGAGUACGGGAUUGUUGUUAACAAUGAUUGUGUGGUCCGGGCGAAAUAUCAUAAAUUCUAUCACCCGAAGGAGUGCCACAUAUCGAACGGAGUCCUGAACAGAUCCUUCCAGAAAAUGAUCAUGAAAAUGCCCAACUACAGCAGCGAGUCUGAUGAUUACUUGGAAGAGCCGGCCACCCCAAACUUCGUCUACCCGUACGGAGCCACCCUGACGGUGAAGAAGCCGGCGGUGGCCCUGCUGUCGAGUAGCGACGUCUGCUACCCGGUCAAGAGGCCCGUGGCUGCCGUCUACACCAGCGAGAAGAGUGGAGGGAAACUGUUCGUGAUAGGCUCCGGGCAUUUCUUCGCGGAUCAGUACCUCGAGUGCGAGAGCAACGACCUGAUCAGGGAGCUGGUGUUCAACUACCUCGGUGGCAUCGGCGACCUGCACCUGCAUCCGAUCGACGUGGAUGACCCUGACAUCAACGAAUACCGCACCCUCGGCGACACGAUAUUCCUCAGCAAACUGCCCCUCCCCGAGCCGGCCAGCGCGCCCCCCCCGCGCCUCUCCGGGCUGCACCCGCACGCCUUGUUCAAAUGGCAACUGUUCUCGUUGAACCUUGCUGCUUUACCAGAAGUACUAGGGCUUUAUGAGCCGCUUGGAGUCAAGCAUGAGCCAUUGCGUCUAAUCGCUCCCCAGUUUGAAACACCACUGCCACCACUGCAACUUGCUGUGUUCCCCCCAACGUUCCGGGAGCCGCCGCCGCCGCCGCUGGAGCUCUUCGACCUGGACGAGGCCUUCAGCUCGGAGAAGUCGCAGCUGGCCCGGCUCACCAACAAAUGCCUGCAGCCCGCCUCAUCGCGGAUGGGACAAGGCGACGGGCAGCUAGAACACGAGCUGGAAUACUUCGUGCGAGAGUGCGGACGCGCGCUGCGGCUGUCCCGCGCGCUACCAGGAGACCAGGAGUCACCAGCGGGCAAGCAGAUCCUGCACCAGAUUGCUGUUCAGCUAGCCACGUUCAAGAAGAUUGCGCCCAGAGACUAGGACAGCAUAAUAUAAUAAGAUUUAAGAAUUC